AUGGACUCGCAAAGCGUUGCGGACUGGCUCGCUUCCCUGGGGCCAGCAUACCAGAAAUACUUGCCGAAGUUUCAAGAAGAGUCUGUCGACGGCCUUCUACUGAUGGAAUUGACUGAUGUCGACCUUCAGGAAAUGGGGAUCGCGAAGCUUCACUGCAAGAAGAUCCUUGCUCAUCGUGCCGACCUUGCGGCGAGAGGGCUCAACAAGACUGUUUGCGACCAGCGCAACUUGGAUCGCAUGUAUGAGUCCUCAGAAGCAAGCGUGAGCAAGGGCUCCUCAGAAAUGCUGAUGCCUCGGCGGUUUGCCGGGCAAGUCUUGAACGGGAUGAGGAGAUCAGGAAAGAGCUUUUCCAGGGUAGUUGAUGCUACCAUGAAGCAGAUUGAUGCUCUCCUCUGUGACCAGCAAGAGGAAGUCCUUCUCUUAGAAACCGUGGAGGCUAUGAACCUUUUCGUUGGACACCGUACGGCCCAUGUUGAUGCAGGACAUGGCCAUGGAUGUGCCAGGGAUGAGGUCCGAGAAGACUUGCAGCAGAUAGUUCAAGGAAAGAGGAUGGCACGAAGCCGAAGUGCUGUUCUGUAUUCCAAGAUCAGGAAACUAGCAGCUGCCAUAACAAAAUAUUGCAAAGUUGUGACGAAUGGUGCAUCAACUGAGAAACUGAAAGUUGAAGCAAAGUCGCAGCUUGACAGGAGCUUUGCUGAAGUGAAGGAUGGGAUGUUGAAUCAGGUCAGAGAAGCAUCAUGCUGCAACACGGGUUUGCUGGUACGUGCGCGCGAUCGGCUUCAGUCUCAGAUACCUGGAGGGGCUGCCGUGAGGGCCAAUAUUGAUGCUAUGGCAAAGCUCAUGAAAGAUUCCUCUGCAGCCGCAGAGAACUGCAAACAGAUCUACAACUUGGCUGAUCCGGAAGUUCAACUCGCACUGGAGGCCAGGUCGGGUGUGCUGAAUGACAUCAUCAAAGCGGAAGAAGAGGAACUCGGCAGACUUCAUGGGCGACGUGACCGGGUGACACAGCAGCUGACAGUGACCAAGAAACAGAGGGCCAAGUACGAGCAGAUCUUGACGGAACAAGCAAAUGCUACCAAGGACAUUCGCGACUGGCACAUCAAGAGGUUCUGGAGGUGGUCGUGGAAGGACGAGAUGAAGGUCUAUCAAGAUCAAGUCGAGGAAGACGCUCAGCGAAACAAAAAGGACGCUCAAUCUUUCGAUGAGACGUGCCUUGAGUUGGAGGAAAAAUUAUCACAGAUUGGCAGCGACAUUGAAAAGAAGACCGCUUACAUAGCUUCGUUGAAGCGCAAGAACUCUCAGAAGCAUUGGCAGACCAUUUUGCAGGCUGAAGGCCUUAUUGCCCUUGAAGAUGAGGUCAAAGAGACGGAGCAAAAGCUGCAGGUCAUAAGGGGCCAACUGCUUCAGGCAAUGCAGGAGACCGGCGUGGCUGAUCCCGUGAUGGCGGCCCAAAUCAUCACCCAGCAUGAGAAGUCCAAGAUUUUGCUGUCCGAGACCACUGCCAAAUCUUCGGAGGUGGCUGUGCGCAUGGAGGAACUGCUGUCUCAAGUUGAAGGCUUGGUGCAGCCAGGUCUAAAUGACACUGACCUCUUGACUUCUUUGGAUACUGAGGACCUCGAGCCACUUUCGGAGGCCAUGCAUGUCAUCAAUGACAGGCACGAGGAGCACAUGCGGUUCUUGGCAAAUCACAAGGCUCAAGUCUUUGGUGAGGUGGUCAAUAAGGCUGCAGAGGAGCUUCCUAGCCAGCAGCUGCCUGGCGGAAGUGGAAGUUUUGAGGCACAGGCCGACUGA